AUGCCAUCGACUUUUAAUACAUGUGAACGAGAAAGGUUAUUUCUAAAUCCAAGCGACAAAAAAUUUGGAAUACCAGAACUACAAAAGCUUGUUAAACCGCAUAUAGAUUCUUUUAAUAGCCUAUUAGAACCACCCACAAAAGGAAUCCUUAAUUAUGCGGUUAUCGACAUUGACCCGGUUGAAAUAUUCGAUGUUAAGGUUCCUUAUAACAGUACCGCACAGGGAAAUAAAUUAAAAGUAUGGAUAGAAGAAGUUUUAAUUUCUAGACCACUUUUAUCUGAACAUGUUCGGGCGAAAAAGAGGAGGAUCUAUCCUGCUGAGUGUCGCGAAAGAUUCACUACAUACGCGGGAAAAAUGAAUAUCAAAUUGUGUUGGAAAAUAAAUGAUGCUAAUACAAAUUUUGAAACUAAAUAUGUAGGAAUGGCUCCUAUUAUGGUUAAGUCCAAUCGUUGUAAUUUACAAAACCUUUUUCCUAAACAAUUGAUCGAGAAUCACGAAGAAUCUGAAGAAAUGGGUGGUUAUUUCAUAGUUAAUGGGAUCGAGAAGGUCAUUCGUUUAUUGUUGGUACAACGGAGGAAUUAUGUCAUGGCUAUUAUCAGACCGUCAUUAGCAAGCCGUGGCGCAUCAUACACUGAAUAUGGUGUAUCUAUUCGUUGCGCUAGACAAGAUCAGACGACUAUGACAAACAUUAUACAUUAUUUAAAAAACGGUAAUUGUAUGCUUAGGUUUUCAUGGAAAAAGCAAGAAUACAUGAUCCCAGUAAUAUUAAUUAUGAAGGCUUUGAUUGAGAUCAAUGAUAAAGGAAUUUUUGAGCAGUUGGUUCAGGGAGAAUUUUCCAAUACUUUCUUAACAGAUCGUGUGGAACUUAUGCUUCAAGAGUUUAAAUCAUUUGGCAUUCAAUCCAAAGAACAAUGUGUUAGUUUCUUAGGUGAAAAAUUUCGCAUCAUCUUUUCUAUUUCACCGUCCUAUUCUCACAAACAGGCUGGUGAGCAUAUAUUAAAAAAGGUGAUAUUAGUUCAUCUUAAGCAUAAUCGAGAUAAGUUCAAUCUAUUGAUUUUUAUGAUUCGUAAGCUGUAUUCUCUUGUUGCUGGUGAAUGCUCUCCAGACAACUCAGAUUCACCGCAAAAUCAAGAAAUUCUUCUGGGCGGACACCUUUACGGAAUGCUCAUCAAAGAAAAACUUGGUGAUUGCUUAAAUUCUAUCCGUGCAGUAGUUGCUGCGGAUAUUGCUAAUAAUAGGCCGGUAGAUUUCAAUGAUAAAAAAUAUAUCACUAAUUUAUUCAAUAGAUCUAAUAUGGAAAUUGGCAGAAAAUUGGCAUAUUUCCUUGCUACAGGAAAUCUUGCUUCUAACAGUGGGUUGGAUUUGAUGCAGACUAGUGGUUAUACUAUAGUGGCAGAAAAGCUUAACUUCUAUCGUUAUAUUUCACAUUUUCGGUGCGUUCAUCGUGGAUCUUUCUUUACUCAAAUGAAAACAACCACUGUACGGAAACUUUUGCCAGAAUCGUGGGCAGGAUUUAUUUGUCCCGUACAUACCCCGGAUGGUGCACCGUGUGGAUUGCUCAACCACCUUUCCCACACUUGUAGGAUCAUUACUACCAAACCUAACGUAGAAAUGGUUCCAUCCAUAUUAGCAGAAAUGGGUAUUAUAAACAGAUUAGCAACAGGACAUGCGCAAUCAAUUGUGAAUAAAUUGCGAUUGUUAAAAUUUGAAGAUGAGAUUUCUAUUGACCUUGAAAUCGGAUAUAUUCCACCUUCUAAUGGUGGUCAAUAUCCGGGUAUUUACUUAUUUUCUGAACAAGCACGUAUGAUGCGACCCGUUAAAUACCUUGCUAAUAAUGAGGUUGAUAUGAUUGGAACAUUUGAGCAGGUAUAUAUGAACAUUGCGUGUUUAGAGGAAGAUGUCAUCAAAGAUGUAACAACCCACAUAGAGAUUAAACCCACAAACAUGUUAAGUAUUUUAGCUAAUUUAACACCAUUUUCCGAUUACAACCAAAGUCCUCGUAAUAUGUAUCAAUGUCAGAUGGCAAAACAAACGAUGGGUACACCCUCAACCGCAAUAAUGCAUCGAACGGAUAACAAAUUAUAUCGACUUCAGACUGGUCAAACCCCGAUAGUACGACCAUUGCUUCAUAAUACUCUUGGUCUAGAUGGGUUUCCUAAUGGGACAAAUGCCAUUGUAGCUGUGAUUUCAUAUACUGGGUAUGAUAUGGAAGAUGCAAUGAUUAUCAAUAAAUCUGCUCAUGAAAGAGGGUUCAAAUAUGGUACCAUAUACAAAUCCGAGAUAGUCAGUCUUGAUGAAUUCUAUGAUUCUGGUAUUAAGCACCAUUUUGGUCUCGGUGCAGACGCACCACCUUCAUUGCGAGAAAAGCUUGAUAAUGAUGGUUUACCGUUCAUCGGAACACGAUUAAAAAUGGGUGAUCCUUUAUGUGCAUAUAUAGAUGAUACACAAGGUGGUAAAACAAUUGUGAAGCAAUAUAAAGGAUCAGAAGAUGCAUAUGUAGAUAAAGUUAGAUUACUGGGAGAUGACUCAGGCGUAUAUGAAGUUCAAAAGGUGCAAAUAAUGCUAAGAAUUCCGAGACCUCCUGUAAUAGGCGACAAAUUUUCUUCUAGGCAUGGACAGAAAGGUAUUCUUUCUCGAUUAUGGCCCCAGGUUGACAUGCCUUUUACUGAAAGUGGCAUGCAACCCGAUAUUAUUAUCAAUCCACAUGCUUUCCCAUCACGUAUGACUAUUGGAAUGUUUGUGGAAAGUAUGGCCGGAAAAUGUGGUGCUAUGUUUGGUGUGGCCCAAGAUUCCACACCAUUUAGAUUUAAUGAAGAAUUUACUGCGAUAGAUUAUUUUGGAGAACAGCUUGUGCGUGCAGGAUAUAAUUACCAUGGAAAUGAGCCAAUGUAUAGCGGAACUACCGGUGAAGAAUUUCAAGCGGAUAUUUACAUUGGUGUUGUGUAUUAUCAACGCCUUCGUCAUAUGGUAUCGGAUAAAUGGCAAGUUAGAUCAACCGGACCUGUUCAUAAUCUUACAAUGCAACCAAUUGGAGGUCGUAAAAGAAGUGGCGGGAUCAGAUUUGGAGAAAUGGAGCGCGAUUCAUUGUUGGCUCACGGAAUGAGUUUUUGCCUUCAAGACCGUUUAAUGAAUUGCUCGGAUUUCUCACAGUGUCAUAUAUGCAGAAAAUGUGGCUCAAUCUUUACUUCAUUAUCACUUAAAACACAUUAUCAAUUAAAUACUAAUCGAGCAUAUAAAAAACAUCAUAUUCAAUGUAAUAUAUGCGAAACUUCUAGGUGGAUAUCGCUUGUGAAAAUACCUUAUGCAUUUAGAUAUCUUGCUACGGAGCUUGCUAGUAUGGGAGUUAAAAUUAUUUUAAAAACCAAAGAUGAUGAUUAA